AUGGCCACAACCAACGAUCCAAGAAACGAAGAAAUUCCCAUCACAAAGAUCAGCUACUCAACCCACAUACUGGUCAAGCAGUUCGUCCACGAGUGGAAAAUCAAGAACUUCGAGUACUGCCAUCUUUCCGACGGUGACUACCUGGAGUCUCUGAAAUUCGUCACCGUCGAUCAGGACGACUCCUUUGAGUGGGCUUUGGAAUACGACAGCGCCGAGAACGCCUUCAAGCAAGUCGACAUCCAGCUGUCGCUCGUCAAUGGCAAGGGAGACGAGGUCAACGUCGAGAAGAAACUUAUCUCCAAAACGGAUUGGUUCAACGAUGAGGCUGUGUUCCGAAACUUCAUCUCCAGAAAGCAACUCCUGGACGAAGCCAACGAUUUGCUACCGAACAAAGAGUUGACGAUCUUGUGCAAGUUUUUCUUCAACAAAGGUCAGUGCCACCAGUCCACGGUAGCCGUCGACCAAGUACCGAUCGAGCGUCGUCUGCUAGAGUUCGACGAUUUCGAGAAGCUUUUGGACAACCCGGUCUUCAGCGACGUUGAGAUCGUCGUCGGGGACAAGAAGUUCCCUGCGCACAAGAACAUCCUGUCGUAUCGAAGCCGCUACUUCGAGAACAUCUUCCAAACAGCCGGUAGCUGCCACGAUCGGCUGGAAAUCGACGGGGUCGAAGUUCAGGUUAUGCGCGAAGUGCUGCGCUUCGUUUAUACGGGCAAGAUCGAGCAGCUUCCGAAGUUGAGCCGUGACUUGUUGGUGCACGCGGAGAAGUACGAGAUAGAAGGUCUGAGAGAGGUCUGCGAACGAGCUCUGAUCGAUCACUUGGCUCUGGAUUUGGACAACGUUGGAGAUAUGCUUGCACUGGUCGACAAGUGUCGCAAGGCUGAAAAUCUGAAGAAAGUGGUCAUCGAUUUCGUGACCAAGCACUCGAAGGACUUGAUGGACAGGAAGGAUUUCAAGGCUAUCUUCGCGGUGCUGACGCCGACAUUUCUGGCAGAGGUCAUCGCUGCUUUGAUAUCGAAAAUGUAG